AUGGACAACAGCACAGUCGAUUUACACGAGCAAAGCCCUCCCUUCCAACAAAGCAACCGCCAACAGCAAGACCGAUCAGACCCUAAAUCUCGACUUUCCGAAUUCUUUCGCAACGACGGUAACUUGGAAGGUGGUGGUGCACUGACUCUACCAAAUAUCUCCAACCAGUCCAUCACGAAGCUAACCAAUAAGCAUACGACAAAGAGCCAAAACCCAACUAAGAAGAGAAGAACAACUACAUCACGAGCUUGUGAUGCUUGUGCUAUAAGAAAAGUCAGAUGUGGACCAACCACACCUUGUGCUCAUUGCAAGACUAAUGGAUGGACGUGUACGAGGAAUAGAGAACGCAAGAAAUCAGGACCAAAAGCGUUGUCAAAGAAAACUAUUGAUUCGAUUAGUAACCUAAGUGAAGUGAUUGAACUUAACACAAAUAGUGCAAACUGGACAAGACCGGAGUUGUCUUCGAAAAAUUCCUCAACUACAGUGAACUCGAAAAGUCCUAGCGUUAUUGAAGAAGAAACUACAUCUUCCCAUCACUCGACUCCAUCUGUUAGUAACCGUUCGUCAGUUGCACACUCUGUGACUCCGAUCCCACCACAGCAAGCAAGACAGAAUAGUUAUCAACAAGUAGAUAAUCAACAGAUAUCACCAAGUCAACUUCCAGAGAGUGCUAGUCUUCGAACAGUGCCAAGUCAACUACUAACUCUGACAAGCAAUGAUACACAAACCGACACCACCACAGAGGAAUAUCUUGUCACCCCUUUCCAUUUGAUUGAGAAUUUAAACUUGAUCGGUGAAGAGCCUUCCAUUUUGGAGUUGCUUGCGCCAUUGACGGUAAACUCCGUAUUGGCCAAUUUUUCCAGGUUGGUGGCAUUUUUAAAUAAAAAUUAUCCUAAUAUCACCAACACUGAAGGAAUAAACACCCAUUUUCAAGAAAUCAACUUGGUUGAUCAUCAUGAUGAUUCGCUUUACUUGUCCACGCUACUAAUAAUCAUCACCUUGAAUCAAAUCAUUGCGGAAAUAUUAAUUAAGUUGAAGAAACAGAAAUUUAAAAGGUUUGUAAGAUAUCCAAAGAAAUACCUCGCUUUCCGACCAUUUAAAACGUUUAAGAACUUGUGCCAUUUCAAAGUAUUGGAAAUUUUUUCCUUAAUCGAAAAGAAUUUUAUUGUUCCUUCGAUCAUACCCAGAAAUAAAGCCAAUGGAAAUCAAAAUUUAUUUGCUCAUUUAAGUCAGUAUCAAAUCUACUACAAUCUAGCAUUAUCAAACAUGCAAUUGUGUAACUACAACCACAUCCUAAAUUUGACGAAUACGCUUAACUCAGCAACAGAUUGUUAUAAUGCAUACGGUAAUGAAGCACAAGAACAUCAAAAGAUUUUGUACCUUAGUCGAGCAAUUAGCACAUUUCAACUAAUCAAUGUCAAGGAAAAUGAUUCAUUGGUACCUAUUCGUGAACUAUACGAGCUCAUCUACUCCUUUGAACGGUAUUAUAUCAUAUUCAGCUCGUACAAUUACGAUGUCAAUGUCUUUAGAAAUAAUGAUGUCAUGUUGCACUUGAAAAGUAGGAAGUAUCGUGGUGAGGGUUAUCCGUAUGAAUUAAUGCACAUGAUCGAGGAUCUGGGGUUGAUAAACCCCCUUUGCAAGAAUUCAUGGUUUAAUCUGCUGUUGGAGUUUGAUAAACCACAACCAGGAUAUUUUGAAUUGAAAGGGAGAAUUGAUGCGUUAAGAUCUACAGAUCAUAUGUGGAAUAUUCUUCGGGAGGUUUUAUUGUUCAAGAUUAUGCUUGUACGACCGUUAAAUUUUGACCAAAGCAAAUUGGAAAUUGUUCGAAUUAUAGAUGCAAUCAGUAACAGUUUAGAGAUUGCCGAUUCAGAUGUUUUCAAGGUUAAGGUAUCCAAUUACCAAAUAUUGCAACCAUUGUUGCAUAUUUUGAAAAUAUUUCUUGAAAUCAAGCAAGUGGAGGUACGGCUAGGAAAGCCGGUCAACAUACAAGACCAAGAGUUGUUGGUUAGAUAUACUGAACUUUUAAUCACUCAUUUACCAUUUUUCAACAAUAUCAACAAGUUGAUUCGAGCUCACAAGAUACUCAACAACUGGUUUUUGAUGUUGAGUGAAGUGAAAAAGGAGGACACGUCUAAUGAAAAGCAGGAACAGGCACAGUUGCAAUCUAGCCAGUACCAACCAACACCGCACACCCCACACAACAUAGAUAUACCAUUACACACAGGAAUCACACCACAAGCUCAACCGUCAUUUUCUCAUUUACAACCACAACAACGACUUGCGUCUCAAAUAGAUGUCAAUGAAUUGAUGAGGGACUUUACAGUGUCUAGAUUAGACGGUCCCGAUUUUGAAGUGAAUAACCCCACUCCAGCGAUCCAAUACAGAGCGGACGACGACGAAGAUGAUGAAGAGCAAGACUUUUUCACUAUUGUACCGAAGAAUGAACACGGUCAUAAUUUUGUUAACCAAGCUUCAUCGGCAAACUUUUUGGCCAAUGACCCACCCACACCACAGUUUAAUUUCCCCAAUGUAAACAACAACAAUCUACCCAUGAGCGCUAGCACUAGGAGUUUUUUCUCAUUGUUGAACGCUACAAACUACGUUGAGGAUAAUCUGUUAGACGGUAACCAAGGCUCUGACAAGGGCAACGUAAUGGGCUCCAGCUUUUUCAAUUUAAGUAAUCUAAGGUAA